AUGCUGUCCCGCACGGCUCGUUCAGCUCUCCGCGCUGCGGCUGCGGUGCCCACUCGGGCCGCUGCUGCUCCCGCCGGUGUCGCGGGCUACGCGACUCUCCGCGAGAUUAACGACCGCCUCAAGUCAAUGAACAACAUGAAGAAGAUCACCAACACCAUGAAGGUCGUCGCCUCCACCAAGCUCACCCGCGCUAGCCGUGCCAUGGAGGAGUCGCGCAAGUACGGCGAGACCUCGCAGGAGGUCUUCGAGGCCGCCGAGACCAAGGUCCCCGAGGUUGAAGAGAAGAAGUCCCUCAUCAUCGUCUGCUCGUCUGACCGUGGUCUCUGCGGUGGUAUUCACUCUGGUCUGUCUCGUCGCAUCCGCAAGCUCUUUGCCGAGGAGGGCUCUUCUGACCUCGUCGUCAUUGGCGAGAAGUGUCGUGCUCAGCUGUCGAGGUCCAACCCUCAGUCUCUCCAGCUCACCUUUGCUGGUGUCGGCCGCAACGUCCCCACCUUUGCCGAUGCCCAGGCCAUCGCCGACCAGGUCUCUCUGCUCCCUACCGAGUACACCGACGUCAAGAUCCUGUACAACAAGUUCAUCAACGCCACCAGCUACGAGCCUACCUUCAUUGAGGCAUUUUCCGAGGAGGCCAUCACCCAGUCCCCCAACUUCUCCGCCUUCGAGGUCGAGGAGGAGUCCCUCUCCAACCUCCGCGAGUACUCUCUCGCCAACUCCCUGUACUGGGCUCUUGCAGAGGGCCACGCUUGCGAGAUGUCUUCCCGUCGAAACGCCAUGGACAACGCCACCAAGAACGCGGGUGAGAUGAUCAACAAGCUCCAGAUCCAGUACAACCGCUCCCGACAGGCCGUCAUUACCAACGAGCUGGUCGAGAUUAUUACUGGUGCCACCGCGUCGGCGGACAUGUAA